AGGUUACUAGGCACGCCAUGUUUAUGAGUGUAUCGAAGUGCUAGGUAAAGAAUUUAGAUUAAUAAAAUGGCCGAAGUUGAAACGAAUCAACAAAAUGAGGAAACAUCGCAAAAUACAUAUAUAAUACGACCAAGCUAUCAGUCAAAAUUUCGAUCUGCUGCGGUUAAAGAGACGAUUCACCAAGUGUUGAAAGAACACCUAAAAGAGAAAAUUUACAGUGCAGAAGAUAGUAUGAUGUGGACAAGAGAUAUAUCAGAAGAUAUAAAAGCUAAAGUUAAAGAUCUAGGCUAUGAAAGAUAUAAAUUACUUGUUCAGGUUGUAAUAGGCGAAUUAAGAGGAGAAGGUGUAAAAAUGGCAUGUCGUUGCUUUUGGGAUUCGGAUACUGAUAAUUAUGCGCAAGAUGUCUUCAUGAACGUAAAAUAA